AUGAAGAGAAAACAUACUCCAAAUGAAAUGCAAAACAUUACUAGCUUCUUUGCUAAAAAGAAUCCUACUCCAACUUCUCUUCCACAUCCAACACAAAAUGAACAAACUAUAACUCCACCUCAAGAAAGUGAGCAACUUUCAUCUCCAUCUCAUUAUUCAACUCAAAAUUCCCCUCAAAAUGAACAAGGCCAAUGUUCUCCUAAUGCCCCAAUCUUUGGAGAAAGAUUAAGUGAACAUGAAUUUGCUAAUCUUCCACAAGAUCCAGGAAAGAGGAGAAAAAUGAGUCAAUUUCAUAAAGAUGAUAGAGAUUUAGUGAGAAGAAUUUACAUUCAAAGAAAGCCUUGUCAGCCCAAAGACUUUACAUUUCCUCAAACUUCUAUUUUUGGAAAAAAUCGUCGCUUUUGUGCUAAGUGGUUUGAUACUUGGACUUGGCUUGAGUAUAGUGUGGAAAAGGAUGCUGCCUAUUGUUUCCCUUAUUAUCUAUUCAAGGAUGAAAAUGCCUUUGGGGGUGAUGCUUUUGUUAGUGAUGGUUUCAAAUCAUGGAAUCGAUCGGAUUUAAUAAGAAAACAUGUCGGUAAACACUUGAGUGCACAUAAUAAUGCUGUUUUAGCUAUGGAUUUGUUCAAGAAACAAAAUUCAAGCAUCACACAAGCCUUAACAAAACAAACCGAUGAGAGUAAUCCUGAAUAUUCUAAAGUUGUUUUCAAAAAUGCUCCUAGUAAUUGUCAACUUACUUCUCCUAAAGUCCAAAAAGAUAUCAUAAAUGCAUGUGCAAAAGAGACCACUAAAGCAAUGCUUGAAGAUAUUGAUGGUGGUUUAUUUUCUAUCCUUGCUGAUGAGUCCGCUGAUGUUUCUGACAAGGAACAAUUGGCUCUUUGUUUGAGAUAUGUUAAUAGAAAGGGAGAAGUGUGUGAGCGUUUACUUGGUAUUGUGCAUGUUGUAAACACUGCUUCUUUGACUCUCAAAACUGCUAUUGAAUCCUUAUUAAUGGAGCAUUCUUUGUCUUUCUCUCAAGUACGGGGUCAGGGUUAUGAUGGGGCAAGUAAUAUGCAAGGUUCUAUUAAUGGCCUUACGACUCUUAUAGAGAAUGAGUGUAAAGAAGCUUAUUUUGUCCACUGCUUUGCUCACCAACUUCAAUUAACUCAAGUUGCACUUGCUAAAAAGAAUUCAGAUUGUGCUUGGUUAUUUGUUGAUGUACUUGCACCUCUCUUGAAUUUUGUGGGGGGUUCACCAAAAAGGAAAGAGUUUCUUCGUGAAAAUCAAGCUCAAAGAGUGGUGGAUGCAUUGUCUCUAGGUGAACUUGAAACGGGUUCAGGUUUAAAUCAAGAGCGUGGAUUAGGUAGACCUUGUGAUACUCGUUGGGGAUCUCACUUCAAGACAAUCUUGAAUGUACUUGAUUUAUUCCCUGUAAUCCUUGGUUCUCUUGAGGAUAUUGCAAAAGUAUCUGAUACAAUAGAUUCUAAUAGAGCUCAAACACUUACAAAUCUUCUGAUGUCCUUUGGUUUUGUGUUCGUGGCACACUUGAUGGUUAGUAUAUUUGCGAUAACAAAUGCUUUGAAUGUGGCCUUACAAAAGCACGAUCAAGACAUUGUGAAUGCAAUGGCCAUGGUUAAUGUAACCAAGACUAAUUUGCAAAAAAUGAGAGAUGAAGGAUGGGAUUCUCAUAUGGAAAAGGUAAUUUCUUUUAUUGGUGACUAUGACAUUGCAGUUCCAGAUAUGGAGGCUAAAUAUGUUGUUCCCGGGAGGAGGUUGUUUAGAGGUAAAUGCCCACAAGUGUCUAAUCUACAUCAUUUUCGAGUUGAAGUUUUUUUUGGUGUCAUUGAUCUUCAAUUGCAAGAACUUGAAAAUCGAUUUCCCGAAAUAACUAAAGAACUACUUGUGUGUAUGUCUUGUUUGAGUCCUGUGGAUCGUUUUUCUAAGUUUGAUAAGGAAAAAUUGAUUAAGCUUGCAAAAUUCUAUCCUAAUGAAUUUCCAAGUUCAAAAUUGAUAGUCUUUGGUCAUACACUUGAUAGUUACAUUUGUUCUGUUAGAGGAGAUGAAAGGUUUUGGAAUUUGAAGGGUCUUAGUGAUCUUUCAAUCAAAUUGGUUGAAACGGGAUUGUCUGAAACUCAUGAUAGGGUCUAUUUACUUUUGAAGUUGGUGUUGCUUCUUCCUGUCGCAACGGCAAGUGUGGAAAGGGCUCAGGCCACUUUGGAGAUCAAGGGCAAUUUGGAGGCGGCCAACAAAAGGAACCAGGAGCUGGAGCAGAUGGUCAAGAGCCUCAAAGACGAGCUGCGUCCGCUCAAAAACAUCGCCCAUAAGGCUGAAGGUGUGCAAACGUCUCUGGACACACUCAAGGAGCGCCUGGAGAAGCAGGAGGCGGCCAUCACCAAAGAUCUUAAUGCGAAGGCCAAGACUAAGAAGCUGGCUCUAGCCAAGGCCAUGAUGGAGGACUCGGCCAUUAUCAUGAAGAUGACUUGGUCGUCCCUCUUCCCAAAAGCUAGCUAUGCCGCAUGGGAUAAGACAUUCCAUGCUUGUACUAAAGAGUACAACAGAAGAAUCAUGCAGCAGGCGGCUGAAGAGGACGAGAAGGAAGAGGAGGCAGCCGGCUCCAACUCAGAAGAGGAGGAAGAGGUGGUGGCCCUUCAACCAACAGAGACAGAUGCGUCUAGAGCUCCUGCCCCUGAAAACGAGUCGACAAAGGAGGAUGCCUUGAAGAAUCAAGCGCCCGUCGUUGAGCUCGAUCAGGCGGCAGUUAACACCGAAGCCCCUCCCAAUGCUUAA